AAACCGAUGGAGGCGCAGGAUUAUUUGAUGGGUGGAGAAACGUGACGGGCCAGCUAGCUGUCCGGAGUGAGGAGGUAAUGCUCAGUUGGUGGAGAUUAGGCCCAUUGUUUUCUUGGUGUCUUCCUUGACUUGGCUGUGAGAAACCAUGCACUACUGUAGCACACGGGGGAGUGUGAAAGGAUGGAACUUUGAGCAAGUCCUGUUUUCAGGCUUUGCUCCAGAUGGAGGCCUGUUUAUGCCUGAGAAGAUCCCAGAGCUUAACUUAACUACCCUUCAACGCUGGAGCAAAUUCAAUUAUGUGGAACUGGUUAAAGAAAUUUGUUCAGUCUUUAUCUCUUCUGAAGAUAUCCCCCAUAGCGAUCAAUCAGACCUUAUUGACAAAGCCUUUUGUCACUUUCAGUUGAAAGAAGUUGUCCACCUAUCAAAAUUAAAAGAUGGACUUAAUGUUCUAGAACUAUGGCAUGGUCCUACGAUGGCAUUUAAAGACCUUGGCAUGUUGUGUCUAGGUCAGUUCCUCAGAUAUUUUCUAAAAAAGAAUGGAUUGCAGGCCACUAUUAUUGUAGGAACAUCUGGGGACACUGGCAGUGCUGCUAUAGAGAGUGUCCGUGGUAUGAAUGGUGUUGACAUCAUUGUUAUCUAUCCAAAAGGUCGUUGUACUAAAGUGCAAGAGCUACAAAUGACCACUGUUACUGAGAACAAUGUGCACGUGUUUGAAGCUGAUGGUACCUCGGACGACAUUGAUGUAAUUCUUAGGAAACUGUUUGCUGACCUGGCUUUUGUAAAGGAACACAUUCUGAUGAGCUCAAACUCUAUUAACUGGUUCCGGAUCUUGGUACAAAUGGCACACUUUUUUUAUGGCUAUUUCCAGUGUGUACCACUUCAGGAACUAUCCUCUCUGCCACUUUUGGAAGUGGUGGUGCCCACUGGAGGAGCAGGAAACAUCACAGCUGGCUGCAUUGCAGUUAAAAUGGGCCUCCCUCUACGUAUUGUUUCAACAGUAAAUGAGAAUGACAUCAUCUUCCGUACAAUAAAGCAUGGAGACUUCUCCCUUGCCAGUUCAGUGAAGCACACAUUGGCUCCUGCUAUCGACAUCCAAGAUCCCUAUAACAUGGAGCGUGUUUUUUGGUUGUUUUCUGGAAUGGACAAUAAGUUGAUUAAAGAGAUGAUGGAGGAAUUCCACUCAACUGGGAAGAUUAAACUACAAGACAGUCUGCACUCCAAGAUUUCUAAGAUCAUAUCUUCUUGCUCAGUGACGGAUGAUGGAAUUAUGCAGACAAUGAAAAGAUGCUGGAAAGAAAAUCAUUACUUGCUGUGCCCACAUACUGCUGUUGCUGUGUCUUACCAUUACAAAAAUCCACCAAGUCAUCAAAGGAGGUGCUUUUUGGCAACUGCAUCUGCUGCAAAAUUCCAGGAAGUGCUGAAACAGGCAGAUCUGCCUCUAGAAAUCCCAGCAAAAAUCGCUGCUUUGGAAAGUAAGCAAACACGGAAAAUAAGCAUGGAAAAAAGUGCCAACUGGGAAAGCAUCCUGCGAGAGAAGAUUAAAUUAAUACAAAUGAGAAGGCAGUAAUUAGCAACCCUAAAGUGCAAAGAAUUGCAGGGGUUUCACUGAAGAGAAAGGAUACCUAAUCAUUGUUUUCUAAUUAUGCCUGUUAUACUAUUGAAAUCUUUUGCAUUAAGAAUGUAUUCCUCCAUCUGUAUAGUAUUAAUUCUUGAAUGUUUAAUUGUAUUCCUGUCAUACCAGGACUACUUGAUAUAAAGUAAUUCAUCUUCAGAAAUGAAUAUUUCAUUUUACUAUCAAAAUUGAGGAAGGCAAAAGUGUUCUUGAAAUUAAAUUGUGUUUUUUUAACAAUAAAAACAAAAUAGAUUUAUUAGUCUUCAUAAGCAAUACUUUACAUACUUUAAGUCAACAAGUUGAAAGCUUCAGCGACCUACGGCAAGUUCAAUUCCAGGCAGUGCAUAUUCUGUUGCACUUGUGAUUGCUUGGGCUUUUUCUGAAUGCUACACUUGUUCCCACGCAAGUUAAAUUAUUAACUCUAAAUUGGCCGUUUGUGAGUAUGUGAGUUGAUGUGCCUUGGUGAUGGACUGGUAUCUCAUCCAGGGAUGAAUUUCACCAUGAAACUGGUGCUACUUGGAUGAGCUCCAAGUCUUCCUAACCUUAUUGUGUAGUGAAAGAAUUUAAAAUAUAUGUAUAUACUAGGGGGCAGCUUGCUUCGCUUGCCAACCCCUGUGUUUGGU